AUGCCGAAAAAUAAGGGAAAGGGAGGAAAAAAUCGCAGAAGAGGAAAGAAUGAGAACGAUUUCAUGAAGCGGGAACUCGACUUCAAGGAUAUCGGUCAAGGUUCGUUAUUUUGAUAAAUUCAACGUCAACUUGAUAUUCAAUACAUUUUUAGAGUAUGGUCAGGUAUCGAAAAUGCUUGGGAACGGACGCGUGCAAGUUUUUUGUUUUGAUGGUAAGCAACGAGUUUGCCACAUUCGCGGUAAAGCUCCGCAAGAAGGUCUGGAUCAACGUCGGAGACAUCAUCCUGGUGGGACUCCGAGAUUAUCAGGACGAUAAGGUAGAUCUGAGUCUUUUUGUUUUUCAAUCGUCAUUUCAGGGAGAUGUUAUCCUUAAAUACACACCUGAUGAAGCUAGAAGGCUUAAAAACGAAGGUCUAAUUCCUGAGAACGCCAAGCUCAACGAGAACGACGAGCAAGAUGAAGGCGAAGUCGAAUUCCGUAAGUUGAAAUUAAUCAUAUUUGAUUAUGAGAAACGUGUGGUUAUCAAUGUGAUCUCUCUGUUUAUGUUUUAAAUGUAUUACCCACAUACAUUCAAAGGUGCUUCGAAAAUUUCCUAUGUUUUACAGCUCAAAUCGUUCAUGAUGUUAUUCGAAAGAAAAAGUUGAAAAAAUAAUGAAGAAAAUUAUAGAAGAACUCACCCGCUAUUGUGAUUAACGACGAGUAAUCAUUUAAAAAGCAAAUAUUACAGUGGACACUGCUGGAGCAGAUGAAGCGAAGGAGGCUUCUGAGGAAGAUGAUGACAGCGAAGAGAGUGAAGAGGACGAAAGUGGGCGUUUUUCAUAAUUCUCCGAGACAUGUAGAACUUCAGGCGAAGAAGAAGACGAUGACGACGAUGACGAAGAUGAGGAUUCAGAUGAUUCAGACGACUCUUCGAAGAUCAAUGAAGAAGCUCUCGCUGCCGGCCGAACUUACAAGGAUAAUCGCUCUCAACGCGGCGGGAAGAACAAAUACAACAAACGGCGUUAA